CUUUGUCAAUGAAGCAAGCCGGAUGGAUAUGCUAUGUCAAGCAUUAUGCCGAAGUGAUAGCAAUGCCAAUAGUUACGUGCUACUUGAUAUGACCAUGGCAGCGCGUUUAAGAGCUGGACAUAUUGACCGAGAAAAGGUUAUAUUAAUAUCGGAGGACAAUAAGGUCCGAGAAGAGCGGCGCAGAGUUCUAUCAGAUUUAUUGCAGAAGAUUUGUCUCCGGGACAUUAAAGAGUUUGUCUCCCGCAAGAAAUUCAAUAUUAUUGACGAUAGUAUAGAUAGCAUAUUCAGUCAACUUUCUAGGGCAGCACAUAAUCUGGAAUCGAUUUCAGUUAAGAGCAAGGACUAUCGUCGGAUUAUGAUGGGUCGCAAAAACUCAUACAGUCUCAACAUCAGCUUAAGACAAUUACUAUGA